UGGGAAUGGAAAACCCCUCAGGAGGGAACUUUGGAAACACCAGGAUUUAACAGGUCGCGAGAACAGUAAGCAUGUCCUUAAGAAGACCAUCUUUCAAGAAAUACAGUCACUGGGGGUGAUACUCAAUUCACAAUGGAGGUUUCCCCAGCAGCGAAGCUUGGUGAGACCUUUGUGUUUGAGGACAGGUUAGAGAUGCAGCAAGAGCUCUUCCCAGAGGAGGACCUGGGGGACCCUUUUCUUCAGGAAAGAGGCUUAGAGCAAAUGGCUGUCAUUUAUAAGGAGAUCCCUCUCGGCGAGCAAGACGAGGACCAUGACGAUUAUGAGGGCAACUUCAGCCUGUGCUCAAGCCCCGUUCAGCAUCAGAGUACCCCGCUGGCACACAGACCCCAGGACGAUGACCUCUUUGGCCAAACCUUCCUCCAGAAAUCAGACCUUAGCAUGUGUCAGAUAAUCCACGGCGGAGAAGAACCCGGUAGACACGAUUGUGAGAAGACGAGCAGGGCGCACGCAGGACCCAACGAACCUCACAAAGCCGCGGCGCCGGCAAAACCCUACGCGUGUCGGGAAUGCGGGAAGGCCUUCAGCCAGAGCUCGCACCUUCUCCGGCACCUGGUGAUUCACACCGGGGAGAAGCCCUACGAGUGCUGCGAGUGCGGGAAGGCCUUCAGCCAGAGCUCGCACCUUCUCAGACAUCAGAUAAUCCACACCGGGGAGAAGCCCUACGAAUGCCGGGAAUGCGGAAAAGCCUUUCGCCAGAGUUCGGCCCUCACGCAACACCAGAAAACCCACACCGGGAAGAGACCGUACGAGUGCAGGGAAUGUGGGAAGGAUUUCAGCCGGAGCUCAAGCCUCCGAAAACACGAGCGCAUUCACACGGGCGAGAAACCCUAUCAGUGUAAGGAAUGCGGGAAAUCCUUCAACCAGAGUUCCGGCCUGAGCCAGCACCGCAAAAUCCACACCCUGAAGAAGCCUCACGAGUGCGAGCUCUGCGGGAAAGCCUUCUGUCACAGGUCCCACCUCAUUCGGCACCAGCGGAUCCACACGGGGAAGAAACCUUACAAAUGCGAAGAGUGUGGGAAGGCCUUCAGCCAGAGCUCCAACCUCAUCGAGCAUCGGAAGACGCACACUGGCGAGAAACCCUACAAAUGCCAUAAGUGUGGGAAGGCCUUCAGCCAGAGCUCGUCGCUCAUCGAGCACCAGCGCAUCCACACCGGGGAGAAGCCCUAUGAGUGCGGCCAGUGCGGGAAGGCCUUCUGCCACAGCUCGGCACUCAUUCAACACCAGAGAAUCCACACAGGGAAGAAACCCUACGCGUGCAACGAGUGCGGCAAAGCCUUCCGGCACAGGUCAGCCCUGAUCGAGCACUAUAAAACCCACACCAGGGAGAAGCCCUAUGAGUGUAACAAAUGUGGCAAGUCCUUCAGGGGAAGCUCGCACCUUAUUCGGCAUCAGAAAAUCCACGCUGGGGAGAAGCUCUAGAAAGAGGAGCUCAUACCAAAGCUUGAAACCCUUUCCUGGAUGGAGCCCACACCCCAUCGCUUUGUCUGUGAGACCCCACCCCCCUCCCUGAUCCCAGGGCCAAAAAGAAACGUGUCAACCUAGGUGCUCCUGGCCACCCACGCUAGCAGCAAGGGCCCCUCUCGCAGGGGCCAGACACCCCACGCCCGGCAGAUUUGCUGAGCGGAAGGGAGGGUGGACUCACAGGACGGCCGCUGACAUGGAGGCGUGCCAAAAAAGAGAGCUGGCCUUGGGCUGUUCAUAUUUGACUCCCAAGCCCAGAAGACCGAGUUUUUCCAUCUCUUCCCCUUUGCCAAAAUCUCGAAGAAUAAACGCCAGAGGGAGAAAGUUGAGUUAAACACACAAGAAUGUCAGGUGAACUCUUUUAACAUCAGGCUGCAGUCUGGCACUUUUAGAAGACAGAACUCUGCUCAUAGUCCAAAUCAGCUGAAGAAAGAUGAAUCCCAAAGUAGAUACAUUAGCAGCAAAAUGGAAUCUUGCAUCUGGCUUGGGCAUUGGUGGGGACAACCGAAACAGGCUACAGAAAAGGGAGGCUCUGGAAGGAUUCGUUCUGGGGUUGAGGGAGAGGGUGGCAAGCCCCUGGCGUGGUCUUUUAAUCUAUAUUCUGGGUUAGAGUGAGGUUGGUCUCUGGCAGGUGGCUCUUUCACAAGAGGGUCGAGGUUUCCUCCCAUGGGCCACAGGACGUUUGACACUGCCUCAGACUCCGCCUCGCACAAGGCAUUAAUGCCCUCCGGUGAUAAUGCCCCCACAAGACCCAGGGCUCCCAAGACCAUGGUGUGCCUUGGUUGUCAGCAGCGCCCGUUUCUGGUCUGGUGGCUCUGUGGCCACCUCUCUGCCCUCCAGUGCUGGGGGUCUUAGGAAGUGGGGUAAUUCAUUCAGAGGUCCCAGUUCUGUCCUUCCCACUCCAGUGGCCUUGAGGAGGCUCCAAAGCUCAGUUUUUCUCUCUGUGAGAUGGAGAUGGUGGCACAAAGCCAUGUACCUCUGAGGGUAUAAAGCUCCUGUUCAGAACGAAACCACCCGUGAAAGUGCUUUGGCAACUGGCAGUGGAAGGUAGAGACCCAGAGCGACCCUUGUCCCACACAGAGAUUGGAAAGGCAAGCCUGUCUAUUUCCCAGGUGUCCAGGCUCACAGCAGGCCCUCUCAUUAAACCAGGGUUUAGGCUUUCCUUUACUCCCUCCAGCCCCGCACCCUGGGCUGCGGAUGCCACGUUCCAGACGGGGACCCUUCCCAUCCUGAACCUACCCCUAGCAGCAGUGUGGUCCGUGUGGCCUGCGCCCCCAUGCAGGUCCUCUCCCUGGUGAUUGCUCCAAAAGUACCAUCGCCUCUGUCCUGCCAAGACCAAUUCAGUUGGCAUACCCAGAGGAGGGGCUCAGACAGUGGUGUGCUUUUAAAGCUCCCCAGGCGAUUAGAACAUUACAGCCCGGGUGUGAGCCCUGUGCUGGGCAUCCGUGCAACCCCAGCAUCUCCCAAAUGUCAGGCCUGCUUGCCGUGAGCAGAGCUUGAAAAUGGCUGUUCUGUCUCAGUCCCCAUGCCUCCCCGCCCCCCCCCCCCCGCC